ACUCGAACGCGGAUGUGGAGUAGGAUGAGUCCACUAUGCCUGUACCUGUACGUUAUAGUGAAGUAUACUCUAUACUCGUUUGUAGGUGAUGGUGAUAGAGGUGUAAACGUAAGCGCGAGUUAAACUUAAACUUAUAGGUAGGUACUUAUGUUUACAAAACGAAGCUCGUGUGUGAUGCUGUGGUCGGUCACCGUGGUCGUCAUCUUCUAGUUUUUGCCUCGCCGAAUUUCCAGUGUGUGGAAUCUGGAAUCUGGAAUCACGAAUUACGAGGAACUCGAUGCCGCCGAUGCCGAUGCCGAUGUGGACGUUAAUGUUGAAAUAUUAACGCUAUAAUACAAGUACCUAGGACUAGGACACGGUGCACGGUGCUCGGUCGUCGCUAAACAGUCUCUAUUUUAUUGUGACCGCGACAGUGGCAGUGUCAGUGCGAUUAGUUCGCUCCGGUCGGAUUGCAUCUGUCGAUUUUUUUCCGUUUUGCAAACGUUUGGCGCGAUUGCAUAUUCGGCCUAUAAUGUCGGACAAGUGAUGAUGAACUUUGGUAAGGUGGCGACCAUUAUGAAUUACUACGAACUCGGUUAGGCGUAUACUAUUGAAUUGCCUUCGAGAAGCUAAAAUCGAAUUUUCAAUUGGUUUCGUGCAGUAUCGUCGAGUAGUGCGCGUGUUAUUUACACGAUCGCGAUCGCCACCUCGACCGUGACCGUGACCUAGCUAAUCGCAUUCGCUGCUAUAUAUCGAAGCAGCCAGCAGCAGUCCUGCGCUCGUUCCAUAUAACAAAAGCCACUGAACUUGGCAUAUAGCGCCAUCGCUAUCGCCACCGCCUGCGUCAGUAUGACCCGAUUUUACCUUACUCUAGCGGUGUUAUGGCUCUGGUCGUCGUCGUCGCUGAUGGUCGUAAAAUGCGCAUCCGAAGAAUUGGAGGAUUUCCCAUUAGACCCAGACGAAAGUGGAAGUGUAAACCAUCCGCACAUCAAAGACGAGUUUGGUGCAUUCGAUCGUCGCAAUUCGACUGGUGACCUAGAUGACUUGAGUUCAGAAGAAGAGAACGAUAAAACGGGAACAGUCGACCAUCGUAUGGUGACUUUUAACAAAAUCAUGACUAUGGCGAUGAAAGAUGCGUCGGUCAGGCGAAGUUUGGGCCAAGUUCUACCCAUCAUACGCGCCAUGUCACCGACGCAACGAUUAACCUUGGCCACCCUGGUGCUGAAACAAUUGUCGCCGACGUCUUCGUUAGCCAAUCAGUCGCCGCAUUUGGAGCAGUUUGCUGAUAAAAGCGCAGAAUUAAUGCUACCUAUUAGCGCUGAUAUUGCCGCCAUGCUGCAAAGUUUGAAAAAAGUCGCCGAGAGUGGUCGCAGCACAGCUUUUGGGACGUAUUACUACAAUCCUUUAUCAGCAGGUUAUAGAGUGAACAACGCGCAGCGACCAAUUUUGUAUAAUAACAUACGUCGGCGGUUCCAGGCUCCGGCAAAUAAUCGUAAAACAGCAAAUGACGUUCCGCCAGAAAUGAUGCCACCGCCUUUCGUCUCAUCUACCAACGUAUCGUAUGCCACUUUCAAUGAUAAAAAACAAUCGUUAGACUACGAAGAUGGCGAUGAUAACGACGAUGAUGACGAUGCCAAUCAUGUUCAACACAACCAAGCUGACAAAAACGUAGCCCAACAAGCAAAUACGGACAGAGGAAACAAUGGCGACGACUACACCAGCGAAAAGGUUGCAAGCGGAAUCACCACAGCUGCCAAUGACGAAGACGAAGAAGAUGACAAUGAACAAUGUAACACAAUCGUCGACAAUAUCUGCAAUGAUGAAACGUAUUCCUCAUAUCCCAGCGAACGUAUUGCGAACAGUAUCAAAAAUUUGGAGCAGAAACACAUAUUUCGAGCAUUGAUACAAGAUUUCGCACGUAAUGCAACUGUCGAUGAGAAUCCAGAAAUUCAAAGACGAAUCGGCGGAUCACCAACAACACCGACUAGAGAAAAUACUUUGCAGCUUUGCGCCUCCAAAACCAAGUACGCCAGACCGAAAAAAGCCAAAUCUACCAAUGGCAGCUGGAAAUUCAUUGUGAACACCGAUCACUACGCGCAAACUGUCAGAAUAGAAACCUGCAUAAACGCGGACAAGUCUUGCUCGUUUUUGAACGAAAAUGUGAAAUCAUACUGCGUUCAGAUCUACAAUUAUCACAGAUUAUUGACGUGGGAUGAAAAAACGGGACUGUCACUGGAUUUGUUCAAGAUUCCAACUUGCUGUUCUUGCCAGAUUCAACAGGCUGGCCCAAGCGCGUUCGUGCAGCCAAUAAAAGACAUCAAAAACCCUGAUAUUGAACUGCAGGAGAACACCAUUGUUGACCAAUCCAAUAUUGUGGGGUUAUAUACACCUCUAGUUAAACCGAAAAUCAAAAAUAAGCUGAAUUUGUCACCGCUGUCAACACAGUACAAUAUGCUGAACCGAGAAUCAUUUCCGGUCACCAAAGGCAGAAGACCCCCAAUGCCAGCCAUCUUGCCCUUACAACAUUUGGACGGCACCAGGUAUACAGCAUCUGAUAACGCCAUCAGACGAACCAGUAGCAAAGCCAAUAUUCUCAAGGGUGUAUAUGUUCCAAGCAAAGAAAUAUUGAUGACGGAGCAGACAGCAUUGGCAAAACCAGAAAGCCCCAGCAAUACGUUUCCACGCCGUGUCAAUUACAAUUAUCACCCGAUCAUUGAUUUCUUUCGAUCGACACCGACGCUCGCCGCAACUCAGGCUGGAGCCGAAAGUGCCGCAGCUCUUGCCGCAGACCGUGCUGAUGUCGAUGUCGAUCCAGCAGCAGACGAAUGGCUUCCCAUGACUGAAGGACCGCGCGCUAUAAAAGCUCACUGAUAGCGCCGCCUAAUCGCUCCAAUAUGUACCUAAUGUAAUAAAUGUGAUAUAUGCUUAAACAACGGCGAAACGUUAUAAAAUGUAGAUAAUAAACUUUCAAUGGUGAGAUAAAUCAAA